AUGGAUAUCACUGCACCUUCGGCCUGCCUUUUACUGGGCUCAUUGCCCUUACUAGUUCUCUCAGAAUGGAAAUCUAGAUCGCACACGGGCACCGCUGUAUUCAAAAUGCUCUCUUCCCUCGCUUUCCUUAGCAGCCCAUUGCUCCUAUCCACAGAAUGGUCAGACUAUCGUCGUCUCAUCACCAUCGGCCUUGGCUUUUCCUUGCUGGGCGACUUUUUUCUUAUUCCUUCGCACAGUGAAUUCCAUGGCUUGCACAAACCCCCAUCCAGCAAAUCGCAAGCCAAAUCAGCAGGAAAUGUAUCCAUAUCUUUCCAACUCGGCAUCGUCGCCUUCGCAGCGGCUCAUAUAGCCUACACUGUAGCCUUCCUACAGGAUUCCACCGAGACCUCCUGGACCACCUUUGCCGCCACGUUCGUAGGCACUCUGCUCGCGGCAAAAUGGUUCGGCGUCAUAUACCCUCCGCCACGCUCCUCUCUCAAGACCAACGUACUGGACCUCAGUAUUGCUUCGGAUAUGAAGCCGUUGGUUUCGGUUUAUGCGGUUAUCAUUGGUGCAAUGUUUGCUGCCGCUACUUCCACCUCCCCCUCGAUCGUUCCAACCGACUGGUGGCACUCGCGUGCCCUGGGUGCUGCUAUGUUUGUUGUAAGCGACCUUUUCGUCGCAAAGAAUGCUUUUGGGAGAUCUUCCACACCGAAGAGCCGUGGCUGGAUUGGGAUCUUUGUGGGUUAUGGGCUUUAUUUCUGGGCCCAAAUGGUCAUCGCUGGAACAGUGCGAGCAUAA